AAUGAGAAAAAAAAAGAAAAAAAAGAAAAAAAAGAUAAGAGUUGGCACGAAAAGCUUCUUCUCGCACGAUAAUUCUGCAUUUUGUUGGUGACCAUUUUGGGCUGAAUCAGGAGAACGUUAUGAUGCGAUGAUCGGUUGGCUUUAAUUGAUACGAUCUGUGUACCCUUCUGUCGACUCUGUUUCACUGGAUCCGCAGAAACUGCCCGGGCUUUAAUGCUCACCAGUUAUACAUAUUCUUGGUCUGACAGCAUAGGAGGGUUUUGGAUAUAACAGAUUUUGGAUUGCACCUGAAAAAUCCAAGUGCAAAUUCUCUGGCGUUUGGAUGAAAAAGGGUUUUAUAAAAUUCUUCAGAAGUGAUCGGUGAAAAGGCAUGAAUUACUAGCGGGGUAAUUUUUAAUCUUAUGGUGAAUUUAAUUUCAAUUAUGAACGAGGAUUUGGUUUUGUGUCGGUGGAUUGAGAUAUAGCAGGGGAGGUGGGUGGGUGGACAAGAGGAUCGUCUGCUAUGGCAGCGGAGGACUUGUUGGAGCUUAAAUUUAGGCUUUAUGAUGGUACUGAUAUUGGUCCCAAUAAAUAUGCCCCUGCUACUACCAUUGGUUCUCUUAAAGAAAUCAUACUAUCUCAUUGGCCACAAGACAAGGAAAAUGCUCCCAAAACCAUUAAUGAUAUGAAACUCAUCAAUGCGGGAAAAGUAUUAGAGAACAACAAGACACUUGCAGAAUCGAGAGUUCCUUUUGUUGAGCUUCCUGGUGGGGUUAUAACAAUGCAUGUUGUUGUCCGCCCUCCAUCAUCAGACAAAAACAGUGAGAAGCAGCAAGCAAAUUCUCCAAAGAAGAACAGAUGUUCAUGCACAAUUCUGUAAAGGAGAUAAUGGUAAGGGGCAAUAUAAAGCUGGUGGAGUUUUAUAAGACCCCUUUGAGUAUGAAAUUUGUAUGUAUUUUGUAUUGUUAUUGUCACAAGAUCCAGCAGACUUGGCUGCAGUUCAUGCAGGACUAUUAUUUUUAAACUUUUUUGAGCAUUUCUUCUAGGUUUCAGUAUUUAGAUGCUUGGUGAAAGAUUUGUCUGAAAAUUCCAUAUGAUCAGGAUACUCUUCAAUGUUACUGACAUCCUUUUCACAAAGAAUGCCUCAUGUGUACGGGUUGCUGUUAUUUGUCUUGAUUGAAGAUGCCAAGAAUGAGGCAAAGUUAAAGGCAUUGUUGUUUUCUGAAACUGGGGAGGAAGCUAGAUUAUACUAUUGUUACAUGAAAGCAGGCAAAAAAUGGGAUGCUGCUGUCACUUAGGCCAAAUUCAUGCUUGAACUUCUCAGAUUUAUAUCUGAGAUUGAAAAUUGUAUUCUAUGUCACUGGAAGUUUGAUGGAAUCAUCAUAUAGUGGCUUAGUUUUUAAUGAGAUAUUAAUUACUAUCAUCAUUAUUUUGGGAAAUCAUAUUCCUUUCACAGA